CGGAGGAGUAGAGCGCUGGUCGCGGCGGGCGGCGCCGCUGUGCGGGAGGGGACGGCGGCGGCGGCGGCGGCGGCGGCGGGACGGGAGCCGGAGGAAGGCGGCGGGGAAGCGGUAUGGGCGCCUGACGCCCGUCCCGUCCCGCCGCCGAGGGACGAUGGCGCGGCCCCGCGGCGGGCGGUGGUUGCUGGGCGUCCUCCUCGCCCUGUGCCGCUUGGCCGCGCCGCUCGCCAAGAGCUUGGAGCCGGUCUCCUGGAGCGCCGGUAACCCCAAGUUCAUGACUGGAAAGGGACUGGUCAUCUACCCGGAGAUUGGGGAUAAACUGGACAUUAUCUGCCCCAAGGCGGAGCCGUCCAAGCCUUACGAGUACUACAAGCUGUACCUGGUGAAGAAGGACCAGGCAGAUGCCUGUAGCACCGUCAUGGACCCCAACGUGCUGGUGACGUGCAACCGGCCCGAGCAGGAGAUCCGGUUCACCAUCAAGUUUCAGGAGUUCAGCCCCAACUACAUGGGCCUGGAGUUCAAGCGGCAGCAGGAUUACUUCAUCACAUCCACUUCCAACGGGACACUGGAUGGCCUGGAGAACCGGGAAGGAGGGGUCUGCCAGACGCGCUCUAUGAAGAUUGUCAUGAAAGUGGGGCAGGAUCCAAACGCAGUGAUCCCAGAGCAGCUGACAACGAGUCGGCCGAGCAAGGAGUCCGACAACACCGUGAAAAUCGUCACACAGAGCCCACGCAGCAAGGUCCCCGCGGUGGAGGAGCCUGGCAAGCCAGGCUCCGUCAACCAGGAUGGCCAGGAGACCCAAGGUCCCAGCGAUGGCUUCUUGAGCUCCAAGGUGGCUGUCUUCGCGGCAAUUGGUGCCGGCUGCGUCAUCUUCAUCCUCAUCAUCAUCUUCCUCGUCGUCCUCCUGAUCAAGAUCCGCAAGCGGCACCGGAAGCACACGCAGCAGCGAGCCGCAGCCUUGUCCCUCAGCACCUUGGCCAGCCCGAAAUGCAGUGGCAACGCGGGCUCCGAGCCCAGCGACAUCAUCAUCCCCUUACGGACUACAGAGAACAACUACUGCCCGCACUACGAGAAGGUGAGCGGGGACUACGGGCACCCCGUCUACAUUGUCCAGGAGAUGCCCCCCCAGAGCCCAGCCAACAUUUACUACAAGGUGUGAGGAGCAGCCUGGGCAAGCCGCCGAUGCAGGAGCACGGGAGCGCCGAGCGCGGGGGGCAGCUGCCCCCCGGGUCUCCCCACGGGCGGUCUGGCGCCGGGAGGGAGGAAGCGAAACGAACCCCACGGCACGGCGCGGGGAGCGCCGGGGUCCGGCGCUGGAGAGCGGAUGGCUCGCUCGCACGCUCGCGCGCUGAUUCUCCCCUUUGUAUUUAGUUUUGUAGUUCUCAGCUUUUGUAAUCCCGAGACUCGAGGGUGAGCCUUCAGCAUCCUCCUCUUCUUCUCCAGACUGCGGCCGGCCAGGGGGCGGGCGCCGUGCCUUUCCGUGCUCGCUCGGACACCGCCGGCAAACCCGGAGACUCCACCUCCCCUUUUCAUUUUGGGAUUUCCCUGCGUCACCCCUACGUCCUUGCGUGAAGUGCCCGUGCGCCUGGCGCCGCGUCGGCCGCCACUUGGGUCCCAGAGCCUGGACCGACGCCGGGGCCGCGGCGAGGAGCCUCGGUCCGAGGAGCAGCGAGCAGCCGCGGGGGGAGGAGGAGGAUGCUUUGCCUAGGUGCCAAGAUGCAGACAACUGUGCAGGGAGGAAGCUGGCAAACCCGAUUUACUACUACUACUAUUAUUAUUAUUAUAAUUAUUUUAAUUUUUUGUAACAUUUUUAUUUUUGUGAAUUCUGGGCGGGACUCUGGCCCGCCGCCUUCGGGCACACGCCGUCGCCUCCUUCCAGCACGCCGUCCUGCCGGCCGCGGGGCAGACCCCGCUGCUCCCGCCGCUGCCCUUUUAAACUUUUGUGUUCGUAGCUGUUGACUCUUGUUUUAGUCUCUUUAUAAAAAGAAAGAAAGAAAAAAAAAAAUAUAUCUAUACCAUGUCUGAAGCAUUCAGUGCGCGAGAGUCUGGGUGCUUCUCCUGCCCCGUGCAGAGCAGCAGCCUUGGCUGGGCAGCUCUCCCAGACCCCCCGAGGGUAUCCAGCCGCAGAGAAAAGCCUUUGCUGAGGGUUUCCUUCUUCCAUCGGGCUGGGGCUGAGCCUGCUGGAAGCAAAGUGGGGGGCAGCGGGAGGGCAGGGGGUAGCUGCAGGCCCCCACCCUGCUGCGGGUGGCUGGCCUUGGAAAGGAAAACUGGAAAACAAAUGUUCCCGACUUGCAGCCUGUGCCGGGGGGAGCUGGGGGUGCCAGGAGGAGGCUGGUGCUCGGGGCUGGAAGUCGCCCGAGAGGCAUCCCUCAGGCCAGCUCUAGCACCAGGCUUGGCUUAACUGGGAGCUGAGCAGAAGGCUUUUCCACCCACCUGGUUUACCGGGACAUCCCAGUGCCUCUCUGUGGGACCUGCCUUUGGGGACCAGCCCCCAGCAGCGCCUGCCCCUGCCCCGGACAUGCUCCGGGUGCAGGAGUGUCACCUAGCCAUGCCACCUCCUGGGUGUCCCACAGCCCAGGCUCACUCUGCCCUUGCCUUGCCCAUCUCCUGCCCAAAACUGGAAGGGGUUGAGCCUUGGGCUCUCCUGGCAGGUUUGUUCCCAGCUUCCUCUUCCUGAGAGGACCCACCAGCGCCACAGCUGAUGCUGGCAAGCACAGCCGGGCUGGCAGUGGCCACAGUGGUGCCCUGCCACCUGCCUGUCCUCGGGUUGUCCCAGCCUGGGGGCUGGCGGUCACCCCCUCCUUCUUCACUUUCUUUUCCUUUCAGAAGUAGCUGCUUUUGCUCAGGGAGCAAGCGUGGGGCAGGUGGUGCCGCUCCCCCGGGGCGGCUUGCCGCGCUGCCGGGCGGUGGGUUUGCAAUGGCGCUGGGCUGCCUGGCCUGGUUUGUCCUCGCCUGCUGUCCCCAGAGCCUUGAAACCCAUGUUAAGAAGUGCCCAAAGAGCGAGAGGGCUGCUCUGCAAAAGUGCCUUGACAAGGAGUGGGCAGGGGCGGCAGGAGGGGUGGCAGGAGGGGCGGAGCAGGGGAUGGAGAAACCCGGCGGCUGGGAUGCUGCGCUGGGGGUUUGCCUACGGUCCUGAGCUGGACAGGAGCAUCCCUGGGUGUCGCGUUGGUGGUUUCGUGUUUUUAUUGUUGAAGGCAGGAGUUUGGGCUGGAGCAGAGCAGGCUGCCCCAACUCUCCUCCCACCCUCAGCAUCCCGAGGUGAGGAUGGCUUCCAGGGCCCUGAACUGGCUACUGCCCUCAGGAGAGAAGAGCUGCAGCGGGUGCUCCCCCCUGCCCAGCCUGUCUCCCCUCUCCCCUGGCCCCCCUGUGUAGCACCUUUCAGCCCCCUUUCCUCCACGGCAUCCAUGCCGGCGCUGCCCACCCUGGGCUGCAGAAGGGCUGGGAGCCGCCCCGGCCGGGACCCCCCAUUCCCUCCUGGGGGAUGGGGUCUGCUCUCACAAAUCACAGAAAAUUGUGUCUUAAAGAAAAUCCCCUUUUCCCUCACCAGUGCCCUCUUCCAUCUGCAAAAUCAUGACCUGCCGUUCCCGAAGUGGACAGAGCCCCAGUUGGGCAGUGGUGAUGGUGGUGGUGAAGGAUGCUUUCCUGACGGGGAGUUUCUCCCCACAGCGGCUGGCGUGGAGGAGGCGGUUGGGGGAUGAUUUAGUUUUAGUUCAGUUUUGGAGGAGAAAGGAAAGAGUCUGGACAUGGGUCGUACCAAAAGCAAACUGCCAGCACUGGGUGACUUCCCACAGUGGCUCUUCCCCGACGGCGCAGUGGCCGUCCCCCAGCCAGGCUGUGGCUCAGCUCUACUCCUAUUGCUGGGGGCAGCUGAGAAUCCUUGUAAAUAUGUGAAGAAAGGGUGAAAUCUGAACUCUUGAUUUUUGCUGAGCACCUCGGUCUGCUGGGUCCUGAAACAGAGUGUGUCCCUUCGGUUCUUUUCAUUGAAAGCAUUGAAGUUUGGUUGGUUUUUUUUCUUUUUUUUUUUUUUUUUUUUUUCUUUUCCAUUUUGUUUGUGUAAAUACUAGUCUUUUUUGGAAGAAAUAAUGUAAAGAUGUUUUGUAUAAACUCUGAAUUAUUUUCUGGUUGCUUUUUCUUAGAAAAACAAAUGAGAACUAAAAAAAAAAAAAAAAAAAAAAAAAAAGAAAAGAAAUUUUAACCACAAGAACGGGUGUAAAACAUUGUCAUACUGCGCUCAGCCCCGGAGCUGCCCCGCAGGGCUGUGCUGGUGUGCGGGUGCUGCCGGGCAGAAUGGCUAGGGAGGGGUUGCUCCCCCCUGGGAGGCCCAGGCCCUCGAUAUAAUGCAGGAUCUGCUGGGCCCCAAGCAGAGAGCGAGGCCGGGAGCACCAGCUCUGUGGGGCCGGUCGUGCCCCUCGCCGCUGGCAAAGCCCUGGUGCUCGCAGCAGGGUCGGACCUGGCUCAUCCCCAGCAAGUUUCUGGCUGUCCUGGGUCCACCAGGCAGAGCUUUCAGCCCUGGCCUGGGCAAGAGGCUUGGUAACACAAAGUGAACAGAAGGAGCAUCGAAUUUAUCUCCUUUUUUAUCCUCAACCAAAAAAAAAAACCCAAAUCUCAGGAUGUGUAACUCAAUGCAGCAUCCUGAGACCCUGAAUCUGCUUUUCCAGACCUGUGGAGCUGUUUCUGUUGCAGAUCCCUUUCCCCAACUAUCCCUAUUUUCCACUAGCCAACAGCAAGCACUCUGUAGCCUGUUCUCUGCUUGGUGCCCAGGUGGGGGGUGAUUCACUCCUCUUUAGCAGCGCCCGCGUUUUGUGCAGGGCAGUGCCAGGGGCCCCUGCCCUUGGGGGGGUGGCCGUGCCCACCGAAGCCAUCUCCAGUGUCACUGGCAUGCCUGGCACUUCCCCACGGGCAGGUGGGAGCUCCCUGUAAUCCCAGUUGCUCACAGGAGCCGGGCAGUUGCCUGUGAAUCUGCAUUAUAUGGGCGGAGUGUGUGGUGGGGGGGGCUGCCCUGAGGGGUUUGGGGGUGCUGGGGCAGGGCUGGUCCUCCCUCCGUCCCGGCUGCACCGCGCACCAGCACACCCGCACCGCGCGCUCCCACAUUUCAGAGCUGUGACCACGUCUACAUCCCACGGCGCCGCAUCCUCACCCUCGCCACGGUCCCGUGUCCCGAAGCAGGGGUGGGGGGGGAAAGUCCCCGUGUUCCCGGGCAGCCCCGCGUUAUGCGAUCAACCAGCCGCGGGGCUGCUGCCCUGACCCUGUGCCCGGCUGCCCGCAUCGCUGGAGCAUCUGGGCUGCCAGAUCUUCCUUGUCCAUCCUCCGCUGCCCAAGAGGUGGAUUUUGGCUCGGAGCCUGGAUGCAGCCGGUCCCGGGGCCGGUGCAGGGCAUGUUGGAUGGGGGCAUCGGCCGUGGGCCGGGAGCAGCCGCUGGUGAGCAGCAGGAGCGGUUUGGGCACCGCGCAGCUUGGCGGUGCGGGGGGACACCGGGGCUUCGGCCGUGGCACAGAGGGAGCGAGAACCCUCUGUGCCAGCACCUCCUCGGGGGGGUGGCCGGUGCCCAGGCCGCUGCAGGGGCACAUCCCGGAGCAGGGCUUGACAAUCCCGCGCUGGUUGAUCGUCCUCGGCUCCCGGUGGGGCUCCGGCGGUGCCGGGCGCUGGGGUCCUGUUGGCCGCACUCCCCGGCGCCGCAGACUUUUGUUUCUUCGUGUCAUGUUCCUCUUUUUGAUUCCUUUCGCCUUCUCCCCAGCUCUCCCGCCCAGUAGCAUAUCAUCGGCAUCGGUAACCAGCUCUGUGGCAUCUGAACUCCAUGGAGCCAUGAUGGAACCUGAUAUAUUGUUAAAUAAAAGGGUUUUUUCCUAUGGAAA